GAAAGAGGGAGCGCGCGAGAGCUCGAGCCUGACUGAGUCCUCCUCAGUCAGAAGCCGGGUCGGAAGAGUCGGAGCCGAGAAGAAAGAGGCGAGGGCGGCGGGAAGGUGUGAAUUGUAUAGUUGUAUGUGCGGUAACAACAUGUCUGUCCCCCUCCUUGCUGAUGCUGUGACCGUUUCAGGGACAGAGCGGGAGACUGCAGCGGUCAUUUUUUUGCACGGGCUCGGUGACACAGGGCACAGCUGGGCUGAUGCUCUGUCUUCCAUCCGGCUCCCUUAUGUGAAAUACAUCUGCCCUCAUGCACCCAGAAUCCCUGUCACUCUCAACAUGAAGAUGGUUAUGCCCUCCUGGUUUGAUUUAAUGGGGCUAAGUCCGGAUGCGCCAGAAGAUGAAAAUGGAAUUAAAAAAGCUGCUGAGAACAUUAAAGCUGUAAUUGACCAUGAAGUAAAAAACGGGAUCCCAGCCAACCGGAUCAUCUUGGGAGGCUUUUCACAGGGUGGUGCCCUCUCUCUCUACACGGCGCUCACUUGCUCUCACCAGUUGGCUGGCAUUGUGGCCCUCAGCUGUUGGCUCCCCCUGCACAGAACCUUCCCUCAGGCAGCAAGUAAUGGUGUGAACAAAGACAUCGCCAUCCUGCAGUGCCACGGUGAGAUGGAUCCGAUGAUACCGGUGCGCUUUGGAGCUCUCACUGCAGAGAAGCUGAAGGGGGUUGUGAAUCCUAGUAGAAUCCAGUUUAGAACCUACCCAAGAAUGAUGCACAAUUCUUGUCCUCAGGAGAUGAUGGCCGUGAAAGACUUCGUGGAGAAGCUGUUGCCCAGGAUUUAAGCCAAGCUAGUCAAGACUGUUGCAGGGAGAGGAGACAGAGGUCACCAGCUUUGAUCUUGAACCCUUGACCUGUUGGCUGCAAUUGGAAAGCCCUGGCAAUCCACCUCCUCACCAGUCACUCGUCUCCUUUCUCGAGCCUUCCCCUCCUGCCUGCGCU